AUGUCAAAAGAAGAAAAACUGAAAACUAAGCUUUUAAAAAACAUUCAUCAACAAUCUCUACAAGAAUAUUAACAGCAAUCAAGCGAUCUAAUUUCAAUUUAACCUUAAAUUAAUACAAUUAAUGAUUAUUUGAGAAUAGAAAAUAAUUAAUAAGAGUAUGAGAACGAAAUAAUAGAUUUCGCAAAGUAAAAUUUAGAAAAUCAAUUUAAAUAAUCAUAAGUUACAAAUAUUAAAUUGUAAUUAAAAUAGAUAAUUCUCUCUAAAAUUCCAUUUCCAUAAUUUUUAGCCUUCAUUAAAAUAACUGAUAGAAGAGCAUAAAUAAAUUACAAAGCUAAAUUAGUGGCUGCAUUGAAUUAGAUUCUCUCAAAACAUAAUUCCAAAAUUUAAGAUAUUGACAUAUUGAAUAUAAAUUUUAAUCCCAUAGAUGAUGAGGAUAUUAUCCUAUAUAUAUUGGUUUUAUUAGAAGAAUUUGUUAACAAAAAUAGAUCUAUUAAAUUAAGUGAUUUUACUUAAUCGGAAAUCAAAGGAAUGAUGAAGGUUUUUCAUAAAGCAAAAGAAUUUAAUGUUUAUAAUGCGAUUAAAAAAAAAUCUUUAACAUUUGUUUUAAUAGUAUAAAACAUCAAGUUGAUGUCAUUUUAUUUCAAUAAUCAAAUAGAUUGCUUUGAUUAAUAGCCAUUUCUAAAUUCAGAGGAUUCAAUUUGUAUUGAAUUGCAAUAAGACUCAAUAGAGGAAAACAAAUUGAUGGAUCAAGAAAAGUCCAGAGAAUCAAUUUAGCUAAUGGUAUUGGAUCAAAGUAAAUUAAAGUAGCAAUAUCAACCUAUAAAUUCAAAUGUACAAUAAGCUCAUGAAUUCAAUAGAUUUGAAAAAAUGGAGGACUUUACUAUAAAGAUUCUAAUCUUGAGAUUAAAUGAAUUAUAGAUUCCCUUCCCAGAAAUACUGAGAAAGAUUAAGUUUACUUAUAAGAGCAAGGAUUUCGCCAUAUUAGAUUAAAAAGGCAUGUUAACUAUUAGUCCAGAUUUUGAAUUAAUUAAGUAAAUAUGUGCUCUUCCUUAAAUACAAAAGUUUUCAUAGGAAUUACAGUUGCCUAUGCUAUCUUAAUUCGUACCAAAAAGAAUUAGGUAAAUAAUAAUUUAAAAAUAUUAACACUAUCAAAAUAAAUCUAUUUUAAAUGCAAUGGAGGAAAUGAUUAUUGUGAUUAAAAAUAGGUAUUCUGAUUGCUAUGAGGAAUUAUUAAGAAUAUAUAGGGAUGAUAAAUUUAAUAUAUUUCUUUAAUCUAUUUGGAAUAUUUGUGGAGAUUAAAUUAAAAAUAUAUUAUAAAAUAAAGUAGAUAGUCAUAAAUUAUUCCCUGAAUUUGGUAGUAAUAUUUUGAGAAUUGGAACAAUGCUCUUUGAGAUUAAACAGAAUAUAGGUAAUAACCUGGAUUGUGAUCAAACUGGGGCUAAAAAUAUUAGAUAAAUAUGUAUAAAAUAAAAUAUGUAGUCUCCUCUACUAAAAAUAUUUUUUUGUCGAUUAACGAAAGUUUAAAAGGCUUUCCCUUUAAUGCUUAAACUUCUUCAUUUUUCUAAUUUCAAUGUCAUCCUAGUAAACAGGAAAUUUUGUUUAGAAGAAAUUGCUCAAACUAAAUUGUUUAUAGAAUUUAUGAAGAAUAAAUUUAACUAUGAUAUCGAAUAGUAGAAGCCCUCAGAAAGAGUUGAGUUAGUGUUUUUUACUAAUAAGUUCAUCAUUGAACCUGAAUCAUCUGAGACUUGGCCUAGAAUCAUUAUGCAAUAGCUACAAUUGAUAUAUCAAAAAAGGAAAAAAUACGAGUAAUUGAUACGGGAGGCUGUUGAAACAAAAGCAUAUAAAUAAAAUAUCAAAGAGUUAAGUGCCAUUUAAGAAAAAUAAGAUGUAAGAGCUAAAAUUAAGGAACUAUUGUUAUUGAUUUAUGAUUUUAUAGUAAAUAAUUAAAAUUGA